CUGUCGAUACCGUGCAAGCCUGGUCGCACGCACGUAUGCUCGUGUUUUCGGUGGUUUCGUGUGAUCUUCUGUAUUAGUGACUGUAUGGUCCAACGUUAACCAGCACAGAGCAUAAAUUCUUUAUUCCAGUGUGGUGUCGUUCAGGAAAGUUUAGACGUACCACUGCGGUAGAAAGUUUACGUACAUGCACUCACUCAUCUUCCAGUCUACACUUCGAAUAGCUCCAGUUUCCUCUGUUCCUCUUCUUCCUCUUCCUUUCUCAUUGUUCCUCUCUUCAUCUGAGCUCUCCAAUUGCCAAUGGAGCUCCCCUACUCCCUCUUUCUCAGCUUCCUCCUCCUGUUUAUCUGCUCCACCUCCGUCAGCCCUUCUUCUUCCACCACUGACAUCUUCACAGAGGCCCUCCUGAACCUAAAAUCGGAGCUCACAGACCCGCAAAACACCCUCGAGGACUGGUCCAUAAGCCCAGAACCAGACCCCUCGCAGCCCGCUAUCCAAUCAUGUUCCUGGCCGGGAAUCACCUGCAACGGCAACAAAACCUCGGUGAUCUCGAUCGACUUGUCGGGAAGAAUCCUGAGCGGGUCCUUAUCGGGCGAGAAGCUCGCCGUCUUCCAGGACCUGCAGCACUUGAACCUCAGCUACAACUCCUUCUCCGGGGCUCUCCCGGUGGAAAUCUUCAACCUCACAGAGCUCAGGACAUUGGAUAUCAGCAGGAACAACUUCUCCAGGGAGUUUCCGGGGGAUAUUUCACUCGCUGGGAUGAAGAAUCUCGUGUUGAUCGACGCGUUCAGCAACAGCUUCUCCGGUCCCCUGCCUCGGAAUCUGCCUCAAGUCGAAACACUAGAAGUGCUGAACCUUGCAGGGAGCUACUUCAGUGGAGGAAUCCCACCUGUGUAUGGAAGCUUUAGGAGCAUAAAGUUUAUUCACUUAGCCGGGAACUUCCUCAGUGGGGAGAUCCCACCUGAGCUAGGGAACCUCCAGACCUUGACUCACAUGGAAAUCGGGUACAAUUCCUACGAAGGAGGCAUCCCGCAGCAGUUCGGUAAUUUGAGUGCGAUCACAUACCUUGACAUUGCCGAUGCCAACCUCUCCGGUCCAAUCCCGAAAGUGCUUUCGAACCUCACCAAGCUUGAGUCACUUUUCCUGUUCAAGAACCAGCUUGUGGGUCUGAUUCCCUGGGAGCUUGGCAGAGUGGUGUCACUCACCGACUUGGACUUGUCGGAUAAUCUGAUCUCAGGACCGGUCCCUGAGAGCUUCAGCGGGCUCAAGAACUUGAGGCUCCUCAGCCUGUUCUACAAUUCCAUGAAUGGGACAGUCCCGGAUUCUGUCGCGGAACUUCCUUCCCUUGAGACUCUCCUUAUAUGGAACAAUCUCUUCAGCGGGCCACUCCCAAAGGACUUGGGCAAGAACUUGAAACUCGAGUGGGUUGAUGUUUCGACGAACUACUUGGUCGGCCCGAUCCCGGCAAAGAUCUGUUCGGGAGGUGGACUCCUCAAGUUGAUCAUGUUCUCGAACAAUUUCACGGGGACCUUGUCGCCUUUGGUCUCGGAUUGUGCAUCCCUUGUUCGGCUCCGCCUCGAGGAUAAUUCAUUCUCCGGCGAGAUUCCACUUAACUUCACUCUAAUCUCUGACAUUUCCUACAUCGAUCUUUCCAGAAAUAAUUUCACGGGGCCCAUCCCCUCCGAUAUUUCCCGCGCCGCGAAUCUUCAGUACUUCAAUGUGUCCGGGAAUCGUGGGAUUGGAGGCACAAUCCCGACGGGGAUAUGGUCUAUGCAGUCCCUGAAGAAUUUCUCCAUGUCCGGUUGUAAUGUCUCGGGAGAAAUUCCCGCAUUUGGGUCAUGCGAGUCGGUUUCGGUGAUCGAGCUUAAUGAUAACGCCUUAUCAGGUUCCCUACCUGAGAGUAUUUCCAGUUGCCGGGAACUUGAGUGGGUCGAUUUUUCCAGGAAUCAUCUCACUGGUCAGAUUCCCAAAGGGAUUGCUCGUCUUCCUGCUCUCAGUGCCCUGGACCUGUCCCGCAACAAUUUCACCGGUCCAAUACCGAGGGAAUUCAGGGAUUCUUUGAGGCUAAGGCAAUUCAACAUCUCUUUCAAUGACGUAUCUGGACCAAUACCUUCCAGCAAGGUCUUCAAAUCGAUGGAUCAGAGCUCGUUUCUAGGUAAUGAGAGACUGUGUGGCGCCCCACUGCGACCAUGCCCUGGCUCGAUAGGUAUUCUCGGAAGCAAGGGCACAAAAGGGAAGCUAAUAUUGGUCCUCUUACUAUGUUUGGGAUUAGUCGUUCUCACGGCACUGUUGGCCCUAGGGAUCUUUCAUUUCAUUAAGGGCAGCCGAAAGGGCCACUGGAAGAUGGUGUCCUUCGAUGGGCUCCCCCGAUUCACACCGAACGACAUAAUGAGGAGCUUCGAGGUCUCCGAACCCAUACCAACACCACAAGGUCCGGUUUCCAAGGCAGUUCUGCCAACUGGAAUAACUGUCUCGGUCAAGAAGCUGGAGUGGGACUCAAAGAGAAUGGAGAUCUUAUCGGGGUUUAUUACCAGAAUGGGAGAAGCUAGGCACCCGAACCUGACCCGGCUACUCGGGUUUUGCCACAACAGAGAGGUGGCUUACUUACUAUAUGAUCACUUGCCGAAUGGGAAUUUAGGUGAGAGGAUAGGAGCCAAAAGGGACUGGAGGGAAAAGCGUAGGGUGAUCAAUGGGAUUGCGAGAGGCCUUUGCUAUCUCCACAAUGAGUGCUUCCCUCCAAUUCCUCAUGGAGAUUUGAAGUUGAACAUCGUGGUUUUCGAUGAGAAUAUGGAACCCCGACUGACGGAGUUUGGGUUCCGGUACCUGGCUCGGUUUAAUUCAGGUUCAUCGCAGAUCGGAACCACGGAGAAGGGUCCAGGGGAAUUCAGCGGUGCGAUUAAGGAGCAGCUCGAGAUGGAUGUGUACAACUUCGGGGAGAUCAUAAUCGAAGUAUUGACGAACGGAAGGCUAGCAAGUGCCGGAGACAGCAUCCACAACAAGCCAAAGGAAGUUCUCUUAAGAGAAAUUUGCAGUGAGAAUGCUGGUUCCAUCCAAGAGGAAGUACAGCUAGUCCUCGAAGUCGCUCUACUUUGCACUGAGAGACCGGCAUCGGACCGACCAACAGCUCGAGAUGCACUGAAGCUUUUAUCGGAGCACAAGAGCUUGAGAAAAUGAGCUUACUUUCAGAAACGGCAGAGUAAAGAAAGAAAUUGAGCUUAAGCAUUAAGGUAGAUAUGUGUAUCAUGUGAUUGGAUAUUAAUAGCAAGCAUGUAACUAUUGUUUUAGGUAGGUCUUUUAUGGAACCCCCGUCUGUAAUUUUUCUUCUUGUUUUUUUUUUUUUGGGUGAUCAUAUAUAGCAACAUUUUGUGGAAAAAAAUAUAAAGCAAAAUUUUAAUAAACCAGGUAAGUGCAUUGAAACAGAAA